CCCUUUUUAAAAGGCCAGCUCAUCAAAUCAUAGAUAUAAAAUUAAACACCUUCCUAUUAGUGUUCAAACAACCAAACCCGCGAACCAAGACGCCAUGAGAGAAAAGGGAAAGCUUCAGGCGGUGCUCGACUUCUCCUCGCCCUCCAGUAGUGCUGCUUUUACAGAUGAAAACGCUAGUGAGAGUGAAAGCCCUGUGCAUGUGGUCAAGACUGUUGUACCCAAGAAAAAGGUGAACUUUUUGUCUCCCCCAAAAUGGAAACUGAAGCACUCUGUCGGUGGCGGCAGUAAGUCCAUUGUGAGUGGGAAGUCCCAGAGAGCGGCUCUCAAACCCCUACAGUCUAAUAAACUCAACAGCAAGCUUCUUGUUGGACGGGGCUCACCACGUAUCCCAACAGUUGGCAAGACCUCGAAGCUUAGGCAAUCUGUCAUCUCCUGCACCUCACCACUCAGUACUAAGCAAAGCACAAAGCAGUCUGAUGCUCCUAUCUUGUGUACAGCUGAACAAGGCACACAAACAAACAGUGAUGUAACAUUGUCUCUGGAUUAUAGAAUGUGCACUCAAGAAGAGCCUCCCUCUGAGUAUUGGCAGAUCUUGGCUGAGCGGAGACGUGUUGCGUUGGCUGAAGCACUCAAGGAGAAUGAAGUGCUGUACACAGAGAGGGAGGACUGGAAGAAGCGAGAGAUUCAACUUGAGAGCCGAGUCAAAGACCUAGAGUAUUUCGCCAUGAUGUACAAUCUUGCGUCCAAGGAGGAUAAUUAAAUCAGAUCACUUAUCGGCUUUUUAAAUGCAUGUAGCCUCUCUAAACACUUAUACUGUGUUAAUGCAAAUCUUUUAAUAAUUAGUGUAUUGAUCUUUACCUAAUUUCAUGCUUCUGAUGUUUCACUUUGAUGACUCUUUAUUGUUCCUUGA